UCGUUCUCUUUUUGUGCAGCAGCAUCUGUGCUCAUUAUCCUGAAGAAAACCUGCUGUUGCCAUUGGUCUUGCCAAUACCAACACCUCCGUGAAACCUUGCGUGAUUGGAGGGCGGAUGAGGGAGGAGAAGCUGAAGGGCGCAAAGUGGGGGAACCAGUAGGAUGAGGCACGGUGGCCACAUCCACGCAGAGCUUGAUAUGCCACUGGAAUCUCGAAGCAGCUGUUGAGCACCUCACCAUGGAAAUCCUGCUUAAUUUGAACGCAGCAGUCUCUCAAGUGCUUAAUUUGUAUCAUCAGCGAAUCGUUGUGUUCUUGCUGUUAUCCUGUUGGCGCCGACAACGGGCAGAUAGGCUGCAACCCUGGCGUCUCACAAGCGCCAGGUUUUUGCAGCAGCAUCUGUGCUCAUUAUCCUGAAGAAAACCUGCUGUUGCCAUUGGUCAUGCCAAUGCCAACACCUCCGUGAAACCUUGCGUGAUGGAGGGCGGACGAGGGAGGAGGAGCUGAAGGGCGCAAAGUGGGAGAACCAGUAGGAUGAGGCACGGUGGCCACAUCCACAUAGAGCUUGAUAUGCCACUGGAAUCUAGAAGCAGCUGUUGAGCACCUCACCAUGGAAAUCGUGCUGAAUCUGAAUGCAGCAAUCACGUGUUCUUGCUGUUAUGCUGGUGGCGUCGACAACGGGCAGAUAGUCUGCAACCAUGCGUCUCUCAAGUGCCAGGUUUUCACAGUAUCCAUGGCGAGAAUACAUUUUUGGGUACACCAACAAAUCCUGCAGUUUCUGAUUGAGUACCUGGAGGAUGCUCAAGUGCAUCAGUUGUUACUUUGGAUUGGAGAUCAUUUGGUUGAGGUGAGCAGCACCGCGUCCCAGAAGCAAAGGCGUGGUGAUGUAAGCAAUGCCAUUCCAGAAGUGUUGCUUGGCAGGGAAACUGGAGGGUGGCAAAUCAAGAAGUGAAAGCUGAACUCUUGUUUGAGAAUGUUCCAGAUGGGUCGUUCCCAACUCUGGAAUGUUCGAGAUGGGUCAAUUGAUUAUUGUCACUCCCAACUCUGGAAUGUUCCAGAUGGGUCGUUCUUGUAAUGCUCUUGACCAUUGUAAUUGUGUAGCUGUAGUCUGUUUGGUUGGACCGUGUGAUGCAGUUUUGUUGUAUUGUAGCACUUGUAUUAAUUAUUGUUUCAAUUGUGA